AGCCAACCUCACGCAAAAUUGCAUCUUAUUUUACCUCAACGCAACGCCAUCCUCUUGAUCAAAGUCUACACCCAAGGCUGCGAUCAUCUAUCAUUUGUUCCCUUCCCCCAUAAUCCUCUGGUCAGGAGGAGACCCUAGUCAUCCAUCGUUGCACCUAACUUUUCACCACAGCAAGCAGCAGCUCAUCAUGUCUCGAGGCGGCACCACGCUUUACGUGACGGGCUUCAGCCACGGCACUCGCGCUCGCGACCUCGCCUACGAAUUCGAACGCUAUGGUCGCCUUGUCCGAUGCGACAUUCCCGCCCCUCGCAGCGCAAGCAGCAGACUGUUCGCCUUCGUUGAGUACGAGGAUCGACGCGAUGCUGACGAUGCCUACCAUGAGAUGCACAACAAGCGCAUCGGUCGUGACGAUCUCCUAAAGAUCGAGUGGGCUCGCACUCCUCCCUCUGCCUCGUGGCGCUUCGACUCUGGCCGUGACCGCGAGCGUGAGACGCGCCGCGGCCCUCGAUCACCCCGUCGUGGUCGGUCGCCGUCUCCUAGAAGAAGCACGCGUGACUACUCCCCUAGAAAGGAUGAUCGCCGUGACCGAGACCGUGACUACGACAGAGAUCGACGCGACACCCGAGACCGCUCGAGAAGCCCAGAUCCUCGUGACCGUGACACCAAGGACGAACGUGACGACAGAGACCGACGUGAGAACGGCACGAAUGGCGACGACCGAAAAGUAAUCGACAGCCCCCCUCCACAGCACGAUGAUCUGGACGUUGCGGAGUGAUAAGUAUUCCUGACCUCUUUCAAUUUCUGGGUCACGUGCGGGUAAAGUCAGGGGAGCAAAAAGUCGAUAUCAUUUUCCUUGGUGUCAGGUAGCCUGAUUUGUGUUGAUUUCCCUCUUGCUGCGUCACUCAUCUUCUAGAUCGACUCAACUACGCCAUCUGCGAAACCUCUCGAUCGGCUACGAAAACGGAAAUCGGGAACAUGUUUAUGGACCGUCGAGGGGAAUUGACGGUAGGAUAGCGUCAUAAUUUGCUCUAGAGGACUCUGUCUUCAUUCUACAUCCGCAUAGGUAGUGAAUUGCGAUGUUAUUUAUACACAUAUACUAAACGAGG